AUGAUUCGCAGUGUCCGCCUCAGAAACAGGGUGCUCCCUACCGUUUCUCGUGCCCUUUUACGCUCGAGUCCUUUCAUUCACAGCCCAAGAAGAUGCUACUCUAGCCCUAGCACCAACACACCGGGACAAGACAUACCCGAAAGCCACAAAUGCGACACGCUGAGCCAAAACUACGCCAGAAUAUACGAGCCGGCUCCACUUGGCGGGCUCGACUCGUUCCAACGCCGCCAUUUCGGCCCAACCCCAAAAGAUACCGAGCAUAUGCUUUCUACCCUAGGAUACGACGACAUGGACCAGUUUUUGGCUGCUGCCAUCCCACCACACGUUUUGGUCAAGCGCCCAUUGCAGGUGCAGCCACAAAACGGAUACACAGAGCUGGAAAUGCAAGAGCACUUAGCUUCUCUUGCCGGUGAGAACCAUAUAGCCAAAUCCUUUAUUGGAAAGGGUUACUACGGCACCCACGUGCCUCCAGUGGUUCAACGUAACUUGUUGGAACUGCCCGAAUGGUACACAUCGUACACCCCUUACCAGCCGGAAAUCUCCCAAGGCCGUUUACAGCUGUUGCUCAACUUCCAGACCAUGGUGACGUCUUUGACUGGUUUGGAUGUUGCCAACGCCUCAUUGUUAGAUGAAGGAACUGCCGCCGGUGAAGCCAUGGCCAUGGCAUAUCACCAUCUUCGUGGCCGCAAACCUGUCUAUGCUGUAGACACACUUGUUCACCCACAAACGCUUGAUGUGCUUCGCCUGAGAGCCGAGAAGAUCGGCGUGGAGGUUGUCGAGCUCCCACUUUCAACCGCUGACGGCAUUGCAGAAUUGGCUAAGCUUUCUGACCGCUUGUGUGGUGCUUUGGCUCAGUACCCAGCAACAGAUGGUAGCAUUCAUGUUUUCAGCGAAGUAGCCCAAAUCGUUCACGAGAACAAGGGUCUUUUCGCUAUGGCCUCUGACUUGCUUGCAUUGACUUUGUUGCGUUCGCCUGCUGAGCUCGGUGCAGACAUUGCAUUUGGAAAUGCCCAAAGAUUUGGUGUUCCAUUUGGCUACGGUGGCCCACACGCCGCAUUUUUCGCUACAGCUUCAUCCUUUGCCCGGAAAAUGCCUGGCCGUCUUGUGGGUGUUUCCAAGGACCGCUUGGGUAAGCCUGCAUUGCGGUUGGCUUUGCAGACUCGUGAACAGCACAUCCGCCGUGAAAAGGCCACCUCCAACAUUUGCACAGCUCAAGCUUUGUUGGCAAACAUGUCUGCAAUGUACGCUGUCUACCACGGCCCAGAAGGCUUGAAGAAAAUCGCCAACCGAGUUUAUGGAUUGACUGCUCACUUGGCGCAGCAAAUUAGUCAAACAAACCACACCGUGGCAAACUCCAGCUUUUUCGAUACCUUGACCGUUGAGCUUAGUGGAGUUUCUGCAGAUGAAAUCUUGCAAGAAGCUUUUCAGAAAUAUAACAUCAACUUGUUCCGUGUCGACGAUAAGACUAUUUCGGUGUCUUUGGACGAGACGGCUACGGUGGAAGAUGUAUUGAACUUGGGAGCAUUGUUUGGAAAGCAAAUUCCCGUUGAAAAAUUGGCCACUGUGCCUCUGGAAUAUCUCCGUGAGGACGAGAUCUUGCCACACUCUGUUUUCCAUUCCCACCAUUCUGAAACUGCUAUGUUGCGUUACUUGCAUCUUCUUCAGUCAAAGGACUUGUCCCUCGCCAACUCCAUGAUCCCUCUUGGUCUGUGCACCAUGAAAUUGAACGGUACUGCCCAGAUGCAAACACUUUCUAUGCCUGGCUUCACUCAAAUCCACCCUUUUGCCCCAUCCACUCAGGCUCUUGGCUAUCAGAAAUUGGUGAGCGAAUUUGAACGUGAUUUGAACGACAUCACAGGCUUUGCUGCUACCACUCUCAUGCCUAACUCUGGUGCCCAAGGUGAGUACACUGGAUUGGCUCUUAUCCGUGCUUACCACCGUUCGCGUGGUGAGUAUGACCAAAGAAACGUGUGUUUGAUUCCUGUUUCGGCACACGGUACCAACCCAGCCAGUGCAGCCAUGUGUGGCCUCAAGGUUGUGCCCGUUAAGUGCUUAGACGAUGGUCUGGUAGACUUGGCCGAUUUAGAAGCAAAGGCAGAGAAACUUAGUAAGCAACUUUGCGCCAUCAUGAUCACAUACCCAUCUACAUACGGUUUGUUCGAGCCUGGUGUUCGUCGUGCCAUUGAUAUUGUUCACUCUCAUGGUGGUCUUGUGUACUUGGAUGGUGCCAACAUGAAUGCACAAGUUGGCUUGACUUCCCCUGGUGACUUGGGCGCAGAUGUGUGCCACUUGAACAUUCACAAGACCUUUGCCUUGUCACACGGUGGUGGUGGACCUGGCCAAGGCCCUGUGUGUGUUGCCGAGCGCCUUGUGCCAUUUUUGCCUUCUCAUAGAUUUGCCGACACCCCGCACGCCACCGCAGAGUCUAUUCGUGCUGUGAACUCAGCACCUUUCGGAUCUGCUGCUGUCCUUCCUGUUUCUUACUCUUACAUCAAGAUGCUCGGUGGCCGUGCGCUUCCAUAUGCCUCGGCACUCGCCAUGUUGAAUGCCAACUACAUGAUGGCCCGUUUGCGCGGCUCAUACAAGAUCAUGUUUGUUGGUGCAAGUUCUGAACUGGCCAUCCGCCAUUGUGCCCAUGAGUUCAUUCUUGAUCUUCGCGAGUUCAAGGCCGCUGGAAUUGAAGCAAUCGAUGUUGCCAAAAGAUUGCAGGAUUACGGCUUCCAUGCGCCAACUAUGUCUUUCCCUGUCGCAGGCACCUUGAUGGUGGAGCCUACUGAAUCCGAAAACUUGGCUGAAUUGGACCGCUUUGUGGAGGCCAUGUUGUCUAUCCGUCGCGAGAUCGAAGCUUAUGCUAACGGAGAGUCGUGGGGUCGUGUUUUGAAGAAUGCCCCUCAUUCUAUGGAAGACAUUGUUUCGACAUCACAGGAAGAUUGGGAAGCUCGUGGAUACACGAGAGAACAGGCCGCUUACCCACUCCCAUACUUGAAGACAAGCAAGUGUUGGCCAACAGUUGCACGUGUAGACGACACCUAUGGUGACAUGAAUUUGCUGUGCACAUGUCCUUCUGUGGAAGAGGUUGCCGCAUACUAA